GGUUUUUCUUUUGUUUGCGUUUGCGAUUAGGAGAUGUAAAAGAGGAGGUAGCCGUCAUUCUCUCUCUCUCACAAGUCUCAACAAAUAUUAUUUCCCGAUCGUCGACUGUUGUUCUCUCCGGCGAUUUUCGACCGUCAAUUUUCCCCGGCGAUAUUCGGCUCUUUUGCUGUGGAUUCGACCAUAUACAGAUAUUCGAUGUCUCGAUCACCUCGGAAAGCAAGAUCAAGAUCUCGGUCCAGGUCUAGGUCCAUGUCAAGAUCAAUGUCUCCCCCGAGAUACCGGUCUCGCUCUCGCUCUAGGUCCAGAUCUGCAAGUCGUGGCAGGGUUGAAACAAAUCCUGGAAAUACGCUCUUUGUGACUGGUCUUUCCUCCAGAGUUACUGAAAGAGAACUUGAGGAUUUCUUUAACAAGGAGGGAAAGGUAAGCUCAGUUUUCUUGGUUGUGGAGCCACGUACGCGCAUAUCAAGAGGUUUUGCUUUCGUGACUAUGGACACUCUUGAAGACGCUGAUCGUUGCAUUAAAUACCUUAAUCAAUCUGUUCUUGAAGGUCGUUACAUCACUGUUGAAAAGUCAAGGAGGAAACGGCCAAGGACUCCAACGCCUGGACAAUAUCUUGGCUUGGGUAAAGCUGGACCUUCAAGCUAUCGUCGCAAAUAUCGUGGUGGGUAUGGUCGUGAUGACUAUGAUAAUAGGAGAUCACCAAGACGCUCGCCUUUUCGAGGUGGUCGAGGUUAUUCUCCUCCUCGUCGCUCCCCUUAUGCUGAAAGGUCAAGGAGGUACCGGUCAAGGUCCUAUUCUCCUUAUGGAAGCCCAGACAGGGGAUAUGGGCGUCGCUCUGGUGGGUAUGGCAACAGAUGAGAAAGUAGUAGUAAGCAAUCUGGAAGCCCAGACAGAGGAUAUGGGUCACUCUGGUGGAUAUGGUAACAGAUGAGAAAGUAGUAGUAAACAAUAUGGAGAUGCUAUAAUACUGUGUUGUCAAAUACUGUAGUGUCUAGAAUGCGAUUGUGGGAUGUCGGUGCUGUUAUAGUUCUAGUUGAUCCGUUUGGCUGUUUUGCCCUACAUUUUAGAAGCCUUUUGCAAUAUGCUCUUUUUUAAGAUCGUUUGCAGAUUGCAUUACAUGAAUUGGUAUUAUCAGGGCUAUGUAUCUGCUUUCUUAGUAAAAGCAAUGCUGAAUUAACUUGUUAUGUA